AUCGCAUUUUUUUCAUUUGGGAAACAUUCUGUCGAUUUUAAUGUUGUUGUUUUGUGGUUUUUAAAUUCAUUUCAGUUUUAAAUUUUCAAAAAUUUUUUUACUUAAUUUAAUAAUUCGUUUCUGUUUGCUAAACUUAACACUGUUGAACAUACACAAGAAAAAAAUUGCUUUUACAAAUUGUACUUUGCAUCAAAUUUCAAAUUUUUUUUUUAACGGUUUCAUUUCUAGGUUUUUGCUUUUUGUAAAAAAAAAUGUUACAAGAUCCAACUAUAUCAUCAAGUUCAAUAAAGAAUAAUAUUGAUGGAUUUUAUUCAACAACAACAACAAUUUCAUCAUCGGAUAAUUCAAUUCUUGAAAAUAAUAAUAAUAAUGGUAAACAAGAAUCAUUUAAUUGUUUGACAACUGAAAAUUUGAAUACUGUUAUCAAUACUACUGCUGCUAAACAUGAAUUAUUUACUUUUGGUAAUAAUAAUAAUGUUGUUGUUGAUAGUUUGGAAAUUUUUGAUCCAAUUGGACAAUUUGAUGAUCAAUUUAAACCAUUUGCCGAUAAUAAUGAUAAUAAACAAAAUCAAAUUGUUGAAAAAAAUGUUGAAACAAAAUCGAUGGAAAAGGAUUCGGCUGAAACUUUUAUGCAAAAAUUAUUUGCUUUACAACAACAACAACAAUCAUUAAACAUUGCUAAUCAUAUGGAUCCUAUAUUAUCAUCAUCAUCAAUAUCAACAUCAUCAUCUUCAUUAGGUGAAAAUAAUCAAAAUGAUGAAAUGGAUUCAUGUUCCAAGCAAAGUAACAACGAUGAUGAAUUUAAAUCAAUGAUAAAUACCGAUGAUAUUGGUGGUGGUGGUGGUGAUGGUGAAAUUGAGGAAAUAGAAAUUGAAUUUGAUAACGAAAUGAUGACAAUGGCUGUUCAAUCAUCAUCUUCUUCUUCGUCUGGAUCUUCAAUUAUAACAGCAACAACUACUACAAUGGAUAAUAAUAAUCAACGUUUACCAAUAAAUAAUCGUAAUUAUCAAGAAGCACGUUAUAAAACAGAAUUAUGUUUACAUUAUCGUGAAAGAAAUUUUUGUCCACAUGGACAACGUUGUUUAUUUGCACAUGGUUUAGAAGAAUUACGACCAUAUCGUGGCCGUCAUCCUAAACAUAAAACACAACGUUGUAAAGCAUUUCAUGACAAUGGUUUUUGUAAUUAUGGUUAUCGUUGUUCAUAUAUACAUUCUGAAUCACCACGUACAAUUGAUUAUAUAAAAAAAUUAAAUCAUCGUGCACAAUUGUUUAAACGUAAUCGUAUGAAUCAACAAAUUCGUAAUCUACGUAAACAAUCAACAACAACAUCAUCAUCAUCAUCAUCAUCAUUAACAUCAUCGAUUGAUCAACAAAUUCUUUAUGAACAACAAAUGCAACAACAACAAACUAGUCAUCAUCAUCAUCAUCGACAUAAUUAUCAUCAACAUCAACAACAGCAACAUCAACAACAACGCUAUAAUCAUUUACAAUUGGCCAAUAUUGAUAUACAAUCAUUACUUUCAAAUGAUGAUCAUUGGUCACAAUCACAUUCAUCAUUAUCAAUGGCAUCAUUAUUUUCACAUUGACUUAAUCUAAUUAGAAAAAUCAUCUAUUUAUCAGUAUUGUUCAUUUUUUAUUCAUAUUCCAAAAAAAAAAGAAAA